AUAUAAUGUAUGUAUAUAUGUAUUUUAACUAAAAUUUUACAGAUAAAUAACAUUUAACUUUCCUUUAGCUUGCAUGAACACAGUUUCAUUGUAAUGUAUAUUGGAGUUGCAAUAUUACUUAUAAGUUUAUGUUUUCAAACUACGUAUGUGGAUGGGACAGUUUAUGAAGAAAAAACCCAAGUUUUAACGAGUAUCGGUUCAAAACGACUUCGGCAAUUCAACGGAGUUGGGGACCAAGAAGUUUUUUUCUGGAGGAUUGAAAAUGCUGUUGAUAGGAUCUCUAUGAUCCUUCAUGGAAGUGUGUCACAGUCAGGCGGGGGUAUCUCGGUAAAUUGCCCGGACACUCAUGUACAAGUUGUGCUCCGAAAAGGGGGGAUACCAAUUCCUAACCCCCUUGGUGCAAAGCUACCAGAAAAUACUUUUGUGUGGACAGAUGGCGUGAUUUAUUCUGGAAGUUUUGUAGUUUCAGCAACUGAAGGGUCACAGAAUGAGCUUUAUGUCAAUUUAACAACAAACCAAACAGGAGAUUACUUUGCUGCAGCCUAUUUACCAAUUGACAGCCAACACAUUGGUGUUGAUGGCCUAACUAAAGAUUGCAGAUACUUUGCAAGUUUAGAGGUUAUUGUUGUGAAUGCUUUUAAUACAUCAACAACAAUAGCUUCUGUUGAUGAAAUUACAACUCACCCAAAUUCAAUAUUUUUGAGCAGAAAGCAACGAAAUUUAUUUGAUGUUUUAUUUACAACAUCUAAUGACACAUACAUCAUAAAAUACAAUGAAUCCACCAGGUUUUUCUGGGAUAUUAACUCACUUUCUGACUCUGGAGGAACUGUGAAAAUAAACAUCAAGUCCCCUGAGGCACUUGGUAGUAAUGAGGCUAUUUUUGGAUGCUUAAAACCUGGGUUUUCAUCCAACGGGGAAUGCGGCAAUAACGACACAAUAUUUAUUAAUAACAGUCUCCCUGGAGCCCAAUAUUCCUGGUACCUUCCAUUCCCACAUUCAGGGCAGUGGUUUAUAGACGUCAAGCUAGCCUGUGAGGCCUCUGCGUGUGAGAACAUAUCGCAAAAGAUAGAACUGUCAGUGAAUAUAAUAACUUGUAUUAACUCAUGUCAGUCAAACAAAGGGCAUGGAUCAUGUGGUUUAUAUCGAAGUGAUGAGUUGUUAUUCGGUGCUUGUAAAUGUAAAGUAGGUUGGAAAGGCUUGGACUGCAGUGAUGGUUCAACAGCUUUAAGUUAUAACACACAGUUGCUGUAUACGCUACUUCUUACUAUGAGCAACCUUCUGUUUUUACCAUGUGUAUGUCUGGCUGUUUAUAGGAAAUAUUACACUGAAGCUCUAGUUUAUUUUUUUGUUGCAUUUAUGUCAAGUUUUUACCACGCAUGUGACCAACCUGGCCAAGUGGUCUACUGCCUUAUGCCCUAUGAAACUUUACAGUUUUCUGACUUUUUAAGUUCCUUGACAGCUAUUUGGUUUACGCUUAUUGCUGUAGCUAAGUUUCCGUUAAGUAUUGAAGCUUUUUUCCAUGUGUUAGGUUGCCUUGCCUUUGCUGUUGUAAUUUCAUUUGACCGAUUCAAUUUAUGGACUGUUGUUGUGCCUGCAAUUAUUGCUGUUGCAUUUGUUAUAUUUUCAUGGGUGAGACAAUGUCGUAUAAAUAAGGAAUGUUAUCCUGGUAAAAAGAAAACUCUUGUUAGCAUUGUACCUGGUAUUAUAUGUGCUGGCACAGGGCUUAUACUUUAUGCAUUUGUAGAAACAAAGGAUAAUUACUACAUAGUGCACAGUAUGUGGCAUAUUCUUAUGGCACUUGCAGUGUUGUUCUUAUUACCAGUUGGCCCUAAGCGAUUAAACUUAUCAUAUAAUGUAGUUGGUGACGCUUCUUUUACAUCACAGUCACCACCUCUUACCUUAUCACAAAAUGAAACCAACAUAAGGUUCACACCAUAUGGGGGGAGCUCAUCUAGCUUAAACCUUUAAUGUUUUUUAGUUUCUUUAUCUACAGUGUGUUCGGAAAGUCACUGUGCACUGUCUAAUAACAGCAAUAACAGCAUUCAUUCAGUCUAUUCCAAGGAUUGAGGUGUUUAGAAACAAAAUAAAAAGGCUUCAAGCCUGUAUUGAUGCUAACGGGGGUCACUUUUAACAUCAUUUAUAAUUGUAAUUCAUGUACCUCCUGGAUUCUAUACUGAAUCAUGUUUGUUAAUGAAUACGUAACUACACAGUGACUUUCCGAACACCAUCUACCUAGGCUAUUGUGGUACUGUAUUACUUUAUCUUUUAUUUUUCAUUAUUUUUACACCUCAUGCGCAUGUGAUACAUAUUGGUAAUUCUAGUAUAUUGAUUUCAUUCACCACAACAUUUUAUGAGCAAUCAGAUACCUAAGCUACAAGUAACUGUGCAACAUCUCCUUUAUAAUGUUCCCUAACCCUAACUCUCAAUUGAAAAAGAUAUCAAUGUUUUUACCAAAUUCUUUUUUUGCCUAUUUCUCAUGUUCGCCACAGGAAUAUACGUAGUGCAAUCUUAAUCAAGUUCCUUAAACACAUUUUAUUCAAUACUAACCAAAAUAUAACAAAUUCAAUCCUUUUCUCUGUACCCCAAUCCACACUUAUAACUUGGUUGCUUAAUUUUGUUUAAUUUAAAAUUUAAAAAAAAAAUAUUUUUGAGUUUUAAUAUGCACUACAGGCCUUGGAAAUUCACCUAAAACGGGUAACUUGCUAAAGUUGACCCAACCACAAAGGGGUUGCUUUGUUUGACCAUACAUUUAUCUGCCACCUGGUAUUUGGAAUUAACUGAAUUGUGAUCUAAAGAGGAAAUCAUAAAAAAAAUCCUCUAUUUUACUUUAAGAAUGCUUAUCAUUAAGUUUCUUUAUAUUUCGAGAUUUAUUGUGUUUUAAACCAAUAAUUUCUAUUCUUUCCUUCCUGUGUUUUAAAUUCAUUACAGCUAUCGAUAUUAUGCUUUUAAUAGCCACAUAUUUUGCAUACAAUUGCUGCAACAAUUUACUGUAUUAUUAUAUUACCGUGAGCAUGUUUAUCUAAAUUCAUGUUUUUUCACCAUUGUG